AUGUCCUUCCCAUACGAAUUCACCCCGCUAGCAGAUAAGCAGACGCUCGUCAAGGCCUACCAGGGCAAGAAAAAGUCGGAGCUUCCAACUCCGUCCCUCAUUGUGGACCGGACCAUCUUCAGGGACAACUGCAACAAGAUGCUGCAGAACGCAGCAAAGCUCGGGGCAGACUUCCGUGCGCACGUGAAGACGCACAAGACACUCGAGGGAACAGCGCUGCAGCUGGGCUCCGGAGACGCCUCGACAGACAAGAUCGUUGUCUCCACGCUCAUGGAGGCGUGGGGCCUGCUGCCGCUCAUCAAGCAGGGCCUCAUCAACGACGUCUUGUUCAGCCUGCCCGUGGUGGAAAGCAGGCUGCCCGAGCUCGUGGCGCUCUCGCAGCACGUGCCCCACCUGCGCCUCAUGCUCGACAACUACGCCCAGGUGGAGACCCUGGCCAAGUUCAGCAAGGCCCACGGCUACUCCAAGAAGUGGUCGAUCUUCUUCAAGGUCAACAUGGGCACCAACCGUGCAGGCCUGGGCGUCGACGACGCAGAGCUCGACAAGACCUUGACCGCCGUCCUCUCGUCGCCCCUCUCGGACUACGUCUCCCUCUACGGCUUCUACUGCCAUGCCGGCCACGCCUAUUCCUCCUGCAACUGCGACCAGGCCGAGUCCUUCUUGGUCGACGAAAUCACCCACGGCAACCUCGCCUGCAAGAAGGCCCUCGCCAUCGACCCCUCCCUCAAGCUCCAGCUCUCCGUCGGCUCCACCCCUACUGCCCACGCCUCCGAGGUCCUCGAGGUGUCCAAGCUCGGGCCUCUCUCGGGCCAGUUGGAGCUCCACGCAGGUAACUACCCAUUCUGCGACUUGCAGCAGAUGGCCACUCACUGUGUCUCCUUGAGCAGCGUCUCCUGCCGUGUUCUCGCAGACGUCUUGUCCUCCUACCCUCAAAGAGGCAAGAUCGAGCCUGGCGAGCAGUUGAUCAACGCCGGCGUCAUCGCCUUGGCCAGAGAGUUCGGUCCCGUGCCAGGCCACGGUAGAGUUUACUCCCCAGAGGGCUACGAGAACUGGACCGUCGGCCGCUUGAGCCAAGAACACGGGAUCCUUGUUCCGCUGGAAGAAUCGAAGGACACCAAGUUGAUUCCUUUGGGCACAAGAGUCGAGGUCGUGCCACAGCACAGUUGCAUCACCGCUGCAUCCUACCCAUGGUUCUUUGUCUUCGAUGGCGAUGACGUUGUCGCGGACAUUUGGGUUCCUUUCAGAGGCUGGUAA